AUGUCCAACGACCGACGGCAGAGCGGUCUCUGGCACCGCAACCCAGAAAGCGGCUUCUACGAACAAGUCCCCAUCCCUCAGGCUCAGAUCCAACCCUGUCCGUACCAGUACUACCAACCCCCGGCCCAGAACGCCUACGACACCUCCCGCCGCUCCUACUCUGAUCGCGCCGCCAACGAGCCCCUCGCCCCAACCUCGACCGACAUCGAUCGAUCGACCUCCAAAAGAAACCAAGAUGCGAAGCUCGCCGCCGCGAGAGACGUGGCACAGAAAAUCACCGAUCCCGUGAGAGAUAUGUUGAACACCCAUCCAGAGACUACGUCCGAACAGCUCGCACAGACACAGCAUGUCAACAGCACCAAGCUGCCGGGCUCGUCGCAGCAGCCGCCACUGAGGCUUGACCCCGACUACGCCCCUGACAAUGUACGCGCACAAGCCUGGAGCCCGGAUCCCAUGUCUCCCAGAACGAGGACAGUACAGCCGCAGCAGAAAGCGAGGCAGACGAGCAAUGCGUCCAACAGGUCAGAGACGUUACGAAGAGGGUCGGUCCCAGAAAGGAGCCCACUGCAGAAUCUUGAAUCCUGGAGCCAGGAAGAAAAGCGCGCAAGAGUUGAGUUGGCUGAGCACAAGGCUCGUCAGAGAAGCAUUGCAAGCGGUAGAGGAGAGGGCGAGUUGCUCAGACAAGGCACACUGAGAAAUGAAAAAGCUAGGGUAGUCAGCGACGGCGCACAGAGAAGGCCCAGUCAGCGCGAUGGGAAGGACGAGAGACCCAGGCAGGUUUCUGAGCCACUGUCUCCAGCACAACGAUUUCACGACGCGAGCCAAGCGCUGAGGGAGGACAGCGCUCAAGAUCAGUACUCUCCACGCCAGACGCAGCCGCGACCCGUAAGCGACCAGCUGGAACAAAGUGAACGCGCGGUGGGAGCUGCAAAAGAUGGCCGGGUAGACGGGGUCUCACGAAAUGGAAGUUCCGCAAGUGCUGCUCGUGGCCCAACAGACCUUAGCAGGAACGAGAGCGCCAAAUACCGUCAUCGUGCAAGAGAUGCUGGAUUCGCAGGAGCUGCAGCCGCGGCGUCGGGAGGUCCAAUGUCUCCCUACGAUGGCGCAGCUGAGCGAGGCAAGGCGGCGUAUGAGCGACGAAAGGCUUCGAUGCAAAGCUCGGCGGCAGAUUCGCCGGUGAGCCCAAUCUCACGCGACAGUGACCGAAAUGGCCUUGGUGUCGGCAGGAACGACAGCAAGAAAGUGCAGAAGCGCUCACCUCUGUCCGACGAAUAUGGGACGCGCAAUCAGCUCCAGUCAGACCGCAUGGGCGGCGUGGCUGGCAGUAGAAGAGACCGAGACACCGCCAACGUCUACCAGCAACCUGAUCCUGUCCCGCGACAGCAAGUCCAAAAUGCACCCAGCAAUCCAGUAAAAUACGCAGUGCCUCCGCAGACUGCCGCUGGCCAGCAGGCGAGGGAGAAAGUGAGCUUUACUGACGAUGUAGCACCUGCACAGACCGCGAACAAAGACAAACAUCAUCACUUCAGCGAUAUGUUUCAUCGACAUGGGCAGGAGAACCGCAGAUACCAACCAACGAGCAAACCACUCGAAGACUGGCGGAAGGCCAAGGCCGCGAGACUCACUCUUGAAGAUCUUGACAUGGAACAAGCUGCAGCAGCUGCUUCAAGAAACAACAACCAACAAGACGGCGCUUGGUGGGAGAAGCCACGGCGCGCAAGCUCAACGGGCUCAAGACAAGCUCCGCCCAAUCUCCCUCAAUUCGAUGGCCCGUACGAGGAGAAGGCAAUGGCCUUUCAGCCUCCACUGUUUUUGAAGUGUGGGCCACUGCUUCGCUAUACUGGCAUACGUAAGGAGACAGUUCAGCCAACCCAGGAUAGGCGUACGAGCGCGAUGCAAGAGCGACAAGUCUGGAGAGGCAGUGUGAUGAUUGUCACAGAAGAUGAUUCAUCAGACUUGUCCGCCUCGCCUGUGUUGCGACUCUUUGCGCAGCCUAUGGAUCUGCAUGAAGUCGCACCUCCACGUACCUAUCAAGAGGGGCAGGAGUUGCCUCCUGAGGUUGAAGACCCUGUGGCAGGGCAGGUCAAACUCUCACGGACCGGUCGAGCUUUGUAUGUGCGGCCUGUGCAUGAUAUUGACGGUGAUGUCGAUCUCAGUCGUCAAGAGAAUAAUAACGGCCUCUUCUCAGCAACUCGAACGCCAGUUCUGGGUCCGCAGUCUUCGAUUGGACCCGAUGGCCGUCACAGUCAGCACAUCACAUUCCAAGACAAAUCUCGCAUCAAGAAGCGCGAUGGAGAGCGGAUGGGGCGGUAUCGCGAUGUAAAGGCUGUUCGUCUUCACACCGAGCAAGGCUUCACAUUCUGGCGCUUCAACCUCGAGAUCGAGCUCGCCUCGAGACAGCACCGUGUAGCUUACCGUAUCAACAAAGGUCCUGCGAUUGGAUUCUGGGUACCAGCACGAGGAGAGACGAUGAACAUCAUGUUCCAUUCGUGCAAUGGCUUCUCGCUGUCAGUUGACCCCAAGACCUUCUCAGGCCCAGAUCCACUUUGGCGCGACGUCCUUAACCGCCAUCAAUACCAUCCAUUCCACGUCAUGAUAGGUGGCGGCGAUCAAGUCUACAACGAUGCUGCUAUGAGGGACACCGAGCUUUUCCGCGAGUGGCUGCAGACUAAGAACCCAGACCACAAGCACGGCGCCGACUUCUCACCCGAGAUGCAAGAAGAGCUCGAACAGUUCUAUCUGGAUCGUUACGCAAUGUGGUUCUCCCAGGGCUUAUUCAGCAUGGCCAACUCCCAAAUCCCAAUGGUAAACAUCUGGGAUGACCACGACAUCAUCGACGGCUAUGGCAGCUACCCACAUCACUUUAUGAGCACCAACGUGUUCACUGGUCUUGGCGCUGUUGCAUUCAAGUACUACAUGCUCUUUCAGCACCAGAGUUUGGCAGCUGAGACCGAACGCGACGAGCCCAGUUGGUUGCUUGGCAAGAGCCCUGGCCCGUACAUCAACGAGCUCAGCAGAAACAUUUUCAUGUCUCUCGGAGAGAAGGUCAAAUUCUUGGGUCUGGACUGUCGAACAGAGCGUAUGCGAGAUGAGAUCUUUUCUCAGUCUACGUACGAUACGAUCUUUGACCGCUGUCGAAGAGAGAUCAUUGAAGGCGAGACCAAACAUUUGAUUGUGCUGCUUGGCGUACCGAUUGCAUAUCCUCGACUGAACUUCCUGGAAAACAUCUUGACUUCUAGGAUGAUGGACCCUAUCAAGGCUAUUGGACGCACUGGAAUGCUCGGUGGCUUUGUAAACAAGUUCGACGGCGGCGUGGAGAUUCUGGACGACCUGGACGACCACUGGACCGCAAAACACCACAAAGCCGAGCGCAACUGGUUCAUCCAAGAACUUCAGGAGCUGGCGGCUGAGAAGAGCGUGCGAAUUACGAUCCUUGGAGGUGAUGUCCAUCUUGGCGCCAUUGGGCAAUUCUACACCUCGAAGAAGUUGGGAGUCUCCAAAGACAAGGAUCAUCGAUACAUGCCCAAUGUCAUCUCAUCGGCGAUUGUUAACACCCCUCCGCCGACGAUGAUGGCGGACGUGCUAAAUCGUAGGAACAAAGUGCAUCACUUGGAUGCGGAGACUGACGAAGACAUGAUACCCAUGUUCAGUCAUGAUGUUGAUGGCACGCGAAGGAACAACAGCCAUCUCUUGCCGCGGCGCAAUUUCUGUGUCAUCAGAGAAUAUGUCCCAGGAUCCACGCCACCAGGCACGCCAGUUCAAGAGAAGCUACAGCCCAGCACACCAGCCUCGGCGACUUUUGGCGCCGAUAGGGAUGAUGAGAACGCUGCAAGAGACAAACGAUUCCCACCUGGAAGCAUGAAGCGGACUAUGAGCCUGACUCGUGGGCCAGUGAAUCUAGUUCGUCGACUUUCGGGGUCGUCUAAGAGUCGCAACCCGCCUGUGUCACUCGCACCAGAGCAUGUCAGGCCAUACAACGCACAAGAACAAGGACCGCCGCCGAUGAAGAGAGCUAACAGUCUCAAUGAGCAAGGGUCGAAUAGCUACUUUCCAACAGGUGAAAUGGGUGAGCGACCAGUCAAUACAUUCCAUCGCCGGCCGACGAAUCUUUCCAUCAAGGAGGCGAGAAAGGCCGCAGCCAAGGUCAACGCGGAGAAUGGGCUGGACGGGCGAGAGCCUGGACACAUCGACCUUGAAGGUGGCUUGGACAUUUCUCUAUGCAUGGAAGUCAAUCAGCACGAUCCGGUGGGAAAGACGGUGCCGUAUCGAUUGUUGGUACCCGCGCUCUGGUACGAGGGCACUGGCGACGUGAACACCGCUCGGUUCAAGAGUCACAGAGCAAGCUUGAUGGAUCGCUUAUUGCGGAAUCGCAAGCGCGAAGCUCCUGCUGAAGAUCGAUCGUGGACUGAAAGCGAGGGUAGCAGAAGCAGAUCGCCGAGUUUUGAGGGACGACCGUCGGUUGAUAGGUUCGACUCGACGACGGAACGUAACACGGCUGCGAAUGCGAUGGGCUUGACCAGCACUGGGCGUGGUGCCGUCAGUCAACAGAGUGGACCCUAUGGUUCGCGUGUCAAUGGCACUCCCACGGGCAUGAAGAAUGCGACGCCGCGCCAGAUCCCAUCGAACGGCUACAACGGCAAUGGGCCAUCGCACACGUCGUCUGCCUACAGCAAAGGCUACAACCUGUCCUCGCCGCCCAUCGGCAUCCAUCAACAGCAGCAACAGCACCAAUACCCAGGAGGUGGGCAAGCCCAGCACCAGUAUCACUCCCAAACCCAGCAACCACAACCCCGAACCGCAACGCAACCUCCCUCAGCAAACAACAACCCCUACCCCCAAUCCGGCUACCGCCGCGUCAGCGCCCCAGCACCCUCCAACACCAAAGCCCCUCCUCCAGCCCGCCAAGGCUACGACGGCGCAGACUACGACAGCGAAGGCAGCCUGACGCCCAGCGAAGACUUCACGGACUACGAUGAAGACGAGGCGGAACCGCGAGGCAACAAACCUCCUGCGCCGGUGCGGAGGGGUAGUAAAGCGGAGAGGUUCUUUGGGAUUGGAGAUGGUGGUGGGAGGCACUCGAUGGAUGGUGGGAGGAGGUCGAUGGAUCAGGGACGGCCGGUGUUUGGUGGGGGGUUGUUGAAGAGGAGUAAUACUGCGGGUGGGGAGAGGAGUAAGUGGAAGAUUUGGAAAUGA